AUGGAGGAGUUCAGACUCGAAGUAGCCAAGCAAAUCCAGCACGACUCGUCAUCGCCAAACGCAGUCUUCGAACAGGAGCCCGACGAGGUUGACCAGCUAUUUGGGUGCUACGAUACAGAUGAGUCCCCAUGGAUGGAUGACUCCAGCAACCAGAUCGCCAACUUUCUUGAUAUGCCCAAUUGGGAACAGCUCGGCUCCCUGGAGCCAUAUUCCCAAAUUCAAGCCAAGGAGGCAAACACAUUCUCCCUCUAUUGUUCCACCUACUUUAUCCUUUGCCACCUCCCUGCCACAACGAUGCCUCAUGAGGAUCUGUUCAUACAGGCUGUCGAGCCUUUGCAUAUCGGCCAGUUCAUGUUCUGUCGCAUCACCACCAACCAAGGUGUUGUUGGCUAUGGUGAAGCUGGGAUAUGGGGACAUAUCGAGGCAGCGGGACAGUGUAUCAAACGUUUUGCAGAGUACCUUAUCGGCAAACGAGCUUUCGACAUCGAACAUCAUUGGAAUGUCAUGCACCGUUUCAGCUAUUUCCAAGGUCUUGCAAUCAAUUCCGCUAUCUCAGCGAUUGAUAUCGCCCUCUGGGAUAUAAAGGGAAAGGCUUUGGGCGUUCCUAUCUACGAGCUUCUUGGGGGAAUGUGCCGCUCAAAAGCCCGUGUGUAUUGUCAUGUUUACGGCAGUACGAUCGAGGCUAUCUUGGACGAAUGCAAACGAAAGAUGGCCCUUGGCUUUACAGCCUUUGGUCAGAUUAAUCCUUUCCUUCAAGAGGACUCGAACCUCGAAUACUUUAAAACUCAUGUACAGAAAAUAAGGGAUGCCAUUGAGAACGUCAAGAAGAUACGAGCUUUGGUUGGCAAUGAUGUUGAUCUUUUAUUGGAAGUACAUAGGAGGCUAACCCCAGCAGAAGCCAUUACAUUCUGUCAGGGUAUCCAGGACACACAUCCGUUAUUUGUCGAAGACCCAAUUCGUCCUGAAAACACUGAUGCGAUGGCUCGCGUGGCUGAUCGAAUUGGGCCCGUGCCGAUUGGCACCGGGGAGCGCUUCUGCACCCUUUACGAAUUCCAGGCACUAUUGGCGCGGAACGCUGUCGAAUACGUCCGAGUCGAUGUUGCUGUCUGCGGUGGUAUUACCGGAGCCAAGAAGAUAGCAGCCAUGGCAGAAGCACACCAUGUCCAGGUAGUGCCUCACAACCCCCUCUCUCCGAUCGGGCUUGCUGCAUGUCUGCAGAUUGCAGCAUGUAUUCCUAAUUUCUCGAUUCAGGAGUACACAACUGGACUCGAAGGUCGUACGGUCUUGACCAACAGGUCAGAGCAUCUGGGAAGCGAUAUUGUCGAUUUUGUACCCGUACCGGUAGACGGAUUUGUGGAUAUUCCAUCAGGACCAGGCCUGGGUGUGAAUCUGUUGGCAGACGCAGAGUCCAUCAGACCGCCACUUGUACAGCCCAUUAAAAUGCGUCUCCAUAAAGAUGGGUUUGUGGUGGAUGAAUGA